AAAUGAAUACGUAAAUAGUUAAAAGUAAAAAAUAUAACAUCAAGAACGAACAAAAUGAAAGGUACAUAAAGUAGACUGUUAGUAGUAUAGCUCCAAUCCAACAGAGGGCGGUAGAAGAAAGUAGUCACUACUUUUCUCAAAUUGUGAUUGGUUGAUUUGUUUACCCUCUAGUCGGCGGUUUGUUUGGUUCGUGUUUGUCUGCAAGACGUUCACACAUAGUGAAGUUUAUCUCAAAAUAUAAAUGAAAGCACCUUAACUACACUUAAGAGAAAAUGGAUGACAAGUCUAAGCAGUUAUUGCAGCGUGUUAUUCGUCGAAUUCCGAUUCAAACGUUGAAGGCCACGCUUGAAAAAUGGGGCCGAUUGACCGCGGCACAGCAGCAAAGCAUCGACUUCACUCAGUCAAAACGGGCGUUAACCGAUACUGUGAUCGACAUCUGUGAGGAGAACCAGCUGUCAAUGAAACACAUCACAGAGCUUGAAAUGAUAAAUGUAAUUGACAGUCCAAACCAAUCCAUGUGGCAUGCCUUGCAGCUCAUUGAUCCUGGAGACGAUGCUCAAACUGUGGAGUUCAUACAGUUCAAAAAGCAAUUUAAAUCUCACCUCGUUGAACUUGUGCGACAUGUCUCUAUUAAAAUCAAGAAGCACACAGAUGAAGCCAUAUGGAUUCGAAUCGCGUGGGGCGACAGCUACACCCGGCCCAAUCACAUGAAACCAACGUACGCUGUUCACCACCUUCAAACCCCGUACGUCUUUGUGACCACUUUGACUUCAAAACAAAAGCCACUGUUAUCCCAGGCGUUAUUGCUGUCAACACAAUAUCAAACUAUAAAAGAAGCUAACCUCAGUGGGCGAAAACUCACUGCCAUCAGGGACCUGCUGAUGAAGCAAUAUCAACAGAUGUUCCCCAACAGUUUUCCCAGUCUCCUAACUGAAACAAAAGAAAACGUCCCGGACCCACACAAAGUACAUGAACAAGCUGGAACUGCAUCAACCAGAGGGAGGUUGGCGUGUGAAACCUUUGGUCGUGGAGCGCUGCCUCAGAUAGAGACCACAGUUUACAAGCUGGAUACAAAAUACAAAGACCCCACAAACCAGACCAUGUCAGAACGGUCCAGGCCUUUUAAAUGUGUGGUCAAGUUUGAAAGCAAAAAUCUCCUGGAGUCACUUCGACACUGUGCAACAUCAGGAAUCGUGUCCACUCCUGUCGCACAGCUGCUUUCCUCCAUUCCUAAGAAAGGAAGGAACUUUUUCUACGUCACAGAUACUGACGCUGCUUCAUCUUCACAAAGACCUGCGUCACAGGUCUGACUGACACAGGUCUCAUACUAAAAAAGACUCGCAGUACGGUGUCUUUAAAACGGACUUCACCAGUGGCUCAGUUGUAUUACUUCAUCUGUUAUCAUGGCUCAAGGAGAAUCAUGUCCAGUUCGGUUUUGCUCUCAUUAUUUCCUGACUUCCAUUUAUCUUGUGCAAUAACUGUCAUUAUAAUUGUCUUUUCCUUCUGUACAGCCUAAUGUAUUAUACUCCCUGUAAAAAUGCUAAGAAAUAACAAGUUUUUAAUUUUUUUUCAUGUUGUUUGUAAAGGUUGUGAUGUUAGGAACUUUAUUUGUGGGAGUUUUCUUAACUAUUUCUUAGUUACUUUUAUACUAGCUAAAAUGCAUAUAUUCUACAUUUGUUCUUUUUUAAUAAAAGUCCUCUUCUCAUCUGCGACUAUUUUUCUCACCAGUGAAACACUUUACCAGCAUGUUGUUGAGAAACCAUACAUUUGAGCUUUUUCACUCAGAGUUCAUAUCUGUUUAGACAGGUUGUUUCCCAGGUUUUAUAAACGUUGUGAUAUUACAGUCCAAUAUGUUCAAACAUUUUGAGUGAUUUAUAUGAAAAAUGUCUCACUUUGUGUUAUUUAUUGUGUGACUUUAAGCAAUUGUAUAGUAAAAAGCAGUUAUUUCUUAAACGACUUUAAGCCACUAAAAACUCCAACCCCAACAUGUCUAUAUAAAAAUGUUGGCAAAUGCUUUACUUUUUUCAAAUAAAUAUUUUCAGGUAAUUUUUGUACUUG